AUUUAAAAAAUUUAAUUUAUUCAUUAUACAUAUAUUUUUUAUUUUGGUUUUCUUUUCCAAUUAAAAACCAUCAUAGACACACAUCAAAGAUCUAAACUCAAUGGCCUUAACGACCCCUAAAACCUUCACACUUGAUGAAUUAGCUAAAAUUGCCUUAGGAGCGCCAGAAUUAACUAAUGAACAUUUAAGUGUACUUCAAAGUCUCUUGAUUAUACUGUUGCAAAAACUUAAUUGCCACAAUGAAACAGUUCGAAUUCAAGGAUUUCCAGCGAAAUGUAUACAGAAGUUAUUAAACGAAACCACAAGCGAAGUGAAAUAUGAUUUUCAAAUGACAACAAUUAAAAGUUAUGAAGAAAAAUGGAAACUUUUAGAAAAGUUGGAAAAUAAAACACAAGAAAUUGAUGACAAAAUCGAAGAACAUUUCGAAGAAAUACGUAAAUAUCAUAAAACGAAUGUUUUCGAUCCCAUGUAUUGGGAUUUAUAUGCGGCACCCAAUGAAGAUUUGUGUACUCUUUAUACGAAACACAAUAAGGAACGUUGUUUGAUGGUAGGAAAUUCGGUUUUCAAUGUGGGCUUACGUAACCGUGUUUCAAUAUUUUUGGUAGAACGUGUAAAAGAAUAUGAGACUAAAAUCGAUAGCAUGGUGGAUAAGUUAAAAGAAAUUAAGCAAUUGGUCAAUAAGGCAGCAGGAAAGCAGAAAUGUAUUGAAUAUAUGGUAAAUGACAUCGAAGAUAUACGCAGUUGUUUGAAUAAAAAUGAACAAGUUUUUCGAGAAGCCAUGUUAGAGACUCAAGAAAUGCUUAAUUGUAAAUUAGAUCGUGUCACUUUGCCGGCAAUGAAGAAAUAUUUGGAGCAAAGAUAUGCGGAAAUAAAUGAAUUUUUAAAAGAAUUACAAAAAGAAUCAAGAAAAUGUCACAUCUUAAAACCUAUGCUAAUAGAAGACAAAAACUCAUGUCUGUCCUGUGGCCGCCAUAGGAAAUUGGUAUUAGGAAAACAAGUUCAGUCUAUGAAAACCAGUGAUGAGACAGGCGAUAAAUGUUUUUGCUUUAACUUGCAAAGAGAACCAACAAUUUUAGAAAAAGUGGAUAGACUAAAGGCUAAUAAUUAUAUGGUUUCAGCUUCUUCGGCUUUACGUGUUUCUCGACAAAGUACUUUUAAGAAAAACCAAUUGAAAUUGGAUAGCCAUGGUAUUCUAUCAAAUUAUACUAGUUCUAGUAUAUUUCCAAAACCAGACGCUUAUAUUGUAUCGGCUAUGAAAAAUCCUCAAAAGAAACAGCAACUGGAGAAAAGUGCCAUGGAAGCGGAAAAAUCCCAAAGCGUGGUUACAAUAGAUCCUUUAUACGGCGAAAGAGUUUUGUCCAUGCAAAUGUUAAGUAGACACAAUUCAAAAUCAAAAUCGGUACGAUUGAGUACAGUUUUUUAAAAUUUUAAACUUGUUCCUUGUAAUGAUGUAUAUUUGAAUAAAUAGUUUUUAAUUUUUCUAAAUCAA